AUGGUGAGAUAUGGAUUACCAGAUAAUUAUGAUUUAUUAGUUGAUCCGAUUCCCGAGCCAGUUACCCUUUCACUAAUCAAAGCACAACCAGAACCAUCACCUCGACCUAGUACAAACAAAGCUUUUGAAGAUGCGUAUCAAAAUAUUGAAACCUGUAUAUCUGCAUUCGUCGAAUUAACUGUAAAGGAGCAAGAUUCAAGAAAUGAAAUAUUAAAUUCAAAGAUCGGAAAACAUGAUGCUUUAGCAAAUGCAAAUAUUUCGCAUUUGGCUGAUGAUUUCAACACUAGAUUGGAGUUACAAACAAAACAAGUUAGAGACGUGAUUCGACGAGAAAAAGAACGUGUUCGGAUUGAAGAAGAACGUAAGCGUCGAGAGGAAGAAGAACGUAAACGCAAGGAAGAAGAGGAACGUAAGCGCAAGGAAGAAGAGGAACGUAAACGAAUUGAAGAGGAGAAGAAACGUAAGGAACAAGAAGAACGUGAACGGAAAGCAGAAGAAGAGCGUAAACGUAAACAAGCAGAAGAAGAAGCCAAAAAGAAACAAGAAUUAAAAGAAAAACUUGAAAAAGAAGAGAGUGAAAAGAAGAAGAAAGAAAGGUUAUCCAGUUUGGCAACAACGAAUCCUGCAAAAAUUGAAGAAUCUUUCCUCAAAUAUAAACAAGAUAUUUUGGAUAUCAAAAACAAUAUCGUUCUAAAAUUAAAUGCAAAUAAAGAAUUGAAAAAGCUUGUUAAUCAGCACAAGCGUAAAAUCAACCCAAAAUUUGGUCAGUUAUCAAAUUCAAUUUCACAAUUGCGUAAAGUUGGAACUGAAGUAUUGGAAUUAAUUAAACCUACAAAGGCCGAUGAAUUAGUAUUCAAGUGGAUUUUAAAUUUUGUUGCCAAGGCUAUCAUAGACCAAGCUGAAACAGAAGUUAUUGUUCGACCAAAUUCUGCCCUUCCAUUAGCUCAUUUGGCUUUCACUAUAUUGCACACAUUCCCUGAAUUCGAAUACUUUUUAAAUGCCAGAUUUAUUAAGAAAUGCCCUUAUAUAAUAGGAUACACUUGUUCAAUUGAUUCUGAAGAAGGAAGAAAAAGAAUGGGAUGGAAGCGUACAUCAGACAACAAAUGGGAAGACGAGGUCAAGUAUGAUGAAAGAAUGGGUGGUAUAGUAAGUGUAUGGUCAGUCAUGACGCGUUUAACAGAUUACAAUCUUCAACUACCCUUGUAUAAUAUAGGAUCGUCCUGGACAUUUUUGGCAAGAAUUGCUAAUUUGGAUCAACAAUUAUUGUCGAACACGCAUUUUGCAAUUUUAGGUAAUUGGUGGGAAGCAUGUGCCGCCCAGUUUGCUAAUGCUUAUGGUGGUCAAAGUAAGAAAUUAUUAUUUGUUGUUGUCACACAAUUGACCGAUGUUGUUGCCAACAAAAAGUUUCCAUCUGCGGCAAGAUUAAGAAUACUAGGAGAGGAUUGGCAGCAACGUGGCCGAAUGGAAUCCUUAAAGGAAAUGGAGCCAUAA